CUCUUAUGGAUGAAAACGCCAAAUCAGACCGCGAGUCUAAAAUUGCUAAAACCGCUAAUUGUCUCCUCGCUUUCAGAGGAAAAAGUUAGCCAAAAUGUGGAAAAGUCGUUGAUGACCGAAUGAAACUGGUGAAACUAUUUUCCACCACACCUUCCACGAACCCCUUUUUCCGCCAGGCAUAGGGUUAGGGUUUCAAUCAGUUAAGCAGCUCCAAAUCUUACCCAAAAAGCAACCCAAAGUUAAAAUUCUUUUUUUUUGGUCUGUUUUUUUUUGUAUGAUGCUAAAAUGCGAGGUCUAGAAGAAAUUGGUUCACAUGGUGGGCUCUCAAUCCCUCUCUCUCAUGGUCUCGAUUCGACGCUUACAGAUGGGGAUUCGGGUCCCAAGUUCUACGAUUGGCUCUUCGAGUGCCAUGGGUUUUGGCACAACACGGCUCUGAUUGUGGCGUCGCUUCUGUUCGUCGUCUACUUGGCUUUGCAGGCUAGGCAGAGCUUCUCGAAGCUCUUACAUGGCCGCUCUUAUAUUAUGAUUUCCUAUUACGGCUGUCUCUGGCUUGUCAGCUUGCUCAAUCUUGCUUGGUGCUCUCUUCAGGCAUGGGAGUGUACUCCAGGGAAAGAACUAGCAUGGAAUGUCUUAUCUUUGUUUACCACCUCGGGGAUGCUAUUCUUGGAAGUAAGCUUGCUGGCAUUUUUACUUAAAGGAAAUCAUGCCAGUGGAUCACAAGCUUUGACUCGGACUUUUGUUGUCUCAGGGCUAAUUGUUGGUUUGGACAUACUUCUCAAGGCAAUAUACCUAUUUGGAUUUGGUAUUCCAUUAUUCAUUGACACCAAUGAUAAUACACAUAAUAUGAAGUGGAACCUGUGGGUUGUCCAUAGGCUUGUGCUUACUGCAGUUUAUGGUUUCAUAUUGUACAUGUACAAUUCCAAGUGGAGAGAAAGGUUACCAGCGAGACCUGCAUUCUACAAGUACACUGCUAUCAUGUUCUUGUUGAACGGACUAGCACUUCUUGCUUGUGGUAUUACUGGAAAUGGGGCUGGGUUUGGCUUCUGGUUAUACAGUGCCACUAUUGUAUGCUACCAUGCAUUCUAUCUUCCUCUUAUAUACAUAACAUUUCUCGCAGACUUUUUCCAGGAGGAAGAUCUGAAUUUGGAAAAUGUUUACUAUUCGGAGAUGAAAGAUGCUGGUUUCUUUGAUGCUGAUUGGGAGUAAUGUGGCAACGACCUCUGGAUCACAAAAUUUACUCAUCCUAUACGCUUGCUGUAAAUAAUAGUGAAUAUUCUGCUAGAUGUUAAAAACCCUUGUACUUUUAUUAGUGUCUACUGUCUGUAUUAUCUUUGCAAAUCAUAUUUUACAUUGCUUGCGGAGUUUCGUAGUUU